AUGCAACAUAUCCGAAAAAGGAGCGGGCUCCUCCUCAGGAUUUGGGAGCUCCACACCGACGAUGUCAAUCUGACUUCGCCCUGCGGGAUUGCAUCAUCUUCGCCUGAGGAGCGCAUUAAAAAUAAAAAGAAAUUCUCCGGGAAAGGGAAAUUCGAGUCGGACAACGAUAGCGUGGAUUGCCCCCUUGGCCAAGAUCAAGUGUUGGUCGUUCCCGACUGCAACGAUCCCGAUGUUCCUUGCGUCCCCACAUCCUCCUGCAUUCCGAGUGAUGUGACGAGGUGCGAGGACGUGCAAUGUGGGGAGGGGAGCACGUGUGUGAUGCGUAAGAUGGCCUGCUUCGCACCUCCAUGCUACCCUGUUCCCUUUUGUGUCCCGACGCAGCAGCCCCUCCAUCUUCUUCCCCAGACUCCAGAAAAAGCCGCCGGGACAUGCCCUAUGAUCGAUGCAUCCGAAUGUAAGAUGGGAGUUCUGAAGAAGUGCGCCAACGACUCCGACUGUAACCAGGGUCUUCUCUGCUGCGAUGACUGCGGGAGUCGUUUCUGCAUGUUUUCCGAGUCGAACACCGAUGGCGUGAAAUGCCACGACGACCAGGUUGCCGUAUUAGUCGUCCCCGACUGCGACGAUCCCAGCGACCCCUGCAUCCCCACAUUCUCCUGCCUUCCAAGCGGUAUGACGAAGUGUGAGGACGUGGACUGCGGGGAGGGGACCUCUUGUGUGAUGCGUAAGAUGACCUGUUUCGCACCUCCAUGCCUCCCAGUUCCUGUAUGUGUCCCGACUCGGCAGCCAGUUAAUCUUGCCGAAGCUUCAGAAAGAGAGGGCGGGAAAUGCCCGGAGUUGGAAGGACGUCAGUGCUCCAGCGACGCGGACUGCCUGCAGGGGCUCAUCUGCUGCGAAGAAUGCGGCCGCAAGUUUUGCGUGCCACCUGGUGUCCAACUUAUUACGAGCGUGGUCACAUCACCGUCGAAUAUAGCAGCUUCUCAAAUAGUUUUUGCAGAGUCCAGCUCGGAAAACGCAGUGUGCCAAGAUGGGCAGGUUGCCGUGUUGGCCUUCCCCGAAUGCGGCGAUCCCGACGUCUGCGUCCCCACGAUCGUCUGCAUUCCGGAUGCUUUGCCUACGUGCCUGAACGUGGAGUGUGAGGAGUCCAGCGCGUGUUUGAUGCGUGAGGUGACCUGUGACGCAUUUCCGUGCUACCCUGCUCCCGAAUGUGUCCCGACUCCGAAGCCCUUCAAUCUUCUUUCCGAAAAUCCAGAAGGAGAUGCGAACAACGAUAGCGUGAAUUGCUCCCUUGACCAAGUUGCCGUGUUGGUCGUUCCCGACUGCGACAGUCCUGGUGUUCCUUGCGUCCCCACAUCCUCCUGCAUUCCGAGUGAUGUGACGACGUGCGAGGACGUGCAAUGUGGGGAAGGGACCACGUGUGUCAUGCGUGAGAUGGCCUGCUUCGCACGUCCAUGCUACCCUGUUCCCGUUUGUGUCCCGACGCAGCAGCCCCUUCAUCUCCUUCCCCAGACUCCAGAAAAAGUCGCCGGGACAUGCCCUAUGAUCGAUGCAUCCGAAUGUAAGAUGGGAGUUCUGAAGAAGUGCGCCAACGACUCCGAUUGCAAUCAAGGUCUUCUCUGCUGCGAUGACUGCGGGAGUCGUUUCUGCAUGUUUUCCGACUCGAACAACGAUGGCGUGAAUUGCUCCAAUGGCGAGGUUCCCAUAUUGGUCGUCCCCGACUGCGACAAUCCAAGUAUCCAGGACUGCAUCCCCACAUUAUCCUGCCUUCCAAGCGACGGCGGGAAAUGUCCGGAGUUCGAAGGACGUCAGUGCUCCAGCGACGCGGACUGCUUGCAGGGGCUCAUCUGCUGCGAAGAAUGCGGCCGCAAUUUUUGCGUGCCACCUGAGUCCAGCUCCGAAAACGCAGUGUGCCAAGAUGGGCAGGUUGCCGUGCUGGCCUUCCCCGAAUGCGGCGAUCCCGACGUCUGCGUCCCCACGAUCGUCUGCAUUCCGGAUGGUAGGCGCGGUCGCCGCAAGGGGUCAUCCUCCCUUGGGCUCUCGGCGAAGGGCUUUCGCUUCCCGAUUUCGUUUCUUCGCAGGUUUGCCUACGUGCCUGAACGUGAGUCGAGCUCCGAUUACGCCGAUUGCUUCGAUGGGCAGGUUGCCGUUUUGGUCUUCCCCGAAUGCGGCGAUCCCGACGUCUGCGUCCCCACGAUCGUCUGCAUUCCGGAUGAUGUGCCUACGUGCAUGGACAUGUCGUGUGGGGAGUGGAGCGCGUGCUUGAUGCGUGAGGUGACCUGUGCUGCAUCUCCAUGCUAUCCUGUUGCCGAAUGUGUCCCGCUUCCAGAAACUAUUGGGAGUCUAUCCAGAACAUCGGAAUUUGUUGCUCAUUUGGGGAAAUGCCCCGCGAUCGAUGGAUCCCAGUGCCACACGGAAGACAUGAAGAGCUGCACGGAAGACUUGGAUUGCGAUCGGGGUCUGGUCUGCUGCGACCUGUGCGGGAAUCGCGUCUGCGUGUCGGCCGAUGGCAAUGGAUGUCCGGAACUCGGAGAAUAUCAGUGCGAAACGAAUUGCUCCAGCGAUUCGGACUGUGGGUCGGGCCUCUUGUGCUGCGAAGAUUGUGGCCGCAAGCUUUGCAUGCUACCUGAAUUGAGCUGCAAGAACGUACACUGUCUCAAGGACCAGGAAUGCGUGAUGUCCUUCCCCCACUGCGGCAGCCACGACGACCCCUGCCUCCCCAAGCUCUCCUGCAACGCGAAGGGUGCGCCGACGUGCGAGGACGUGCGGUGUGGGGAAGGGAGCACGUGCGUGAUGCGGGAGGUGACGUGCGUCGCGGCGCCGUGUUAUCCCGUUCCCGAAUGCGUUCCGCUUCCCAAACUUCGAGCCUCGCCCCGAAACAGAUACUGAUGCAGUAAUCGCGUAACCAAAAUGCUACCUUCUCCCACACCUAUUAUGUCCUUUCAAGAAAUAUCAGGUUUUACUUUUCAUGAGUCGCACAUUUUGCUCAUGGUCCAUGGACGGAUUUUUAAAAAUAAAAUCUCGUCAUUUCCCUCUUCCCUACACCACCCCGUUAUAGCACUACACUCAUGAAUGUAUAUGAACAACAC